AUGACCCGUCAAGAGCGUCUCCUCAAGGUCCUUGACAGACAGGAAGACGUGAUCCAACAGAGGCUGAACGAUCUUGAGAAGACAAGCUCUUCUUCGGCUCAGAACUGUAACAACCUGCGACAAAAGGUUGAGCGCAACACCAACGAGGUGCAGAAACAGAACAACGAGUUUCGUCAACAAGAGCGACGCUUGAGCAACUUGGUGACCGAGAUGAACAGCCUAGGAUCUGUCCUCCACAGCAUGCAUGAGAAGAAAGGCGGCAAAGUACCCGUCUUCCCGGGGCUGCCCACACACAACAUCAACGUGCAAGCGGACGUCAGCCGUCUGCAGGCCCAAGUCGACACCAUUUUAGCCACCCUGAACGCCGAGAAGUCCAAGAGCGAUCAACUCUUUGCUCUCAUAUCCGAGCUUCAACACCAAAAGGACGGCAAGGUAGCUCCAAACAUCAGCGUGCAACCGAAAUACAAGAAGUAUGAUCCAUUCUUUGGAAAAGGCCAUCUGAACCAACCGAAUGUCGCCAAUCUGUCAGCUGUCGUCACUGACCUUCAGGACCAAGUGCAACGCCUUCAAGAACGACCAUACGUCGGGCAUUGUGAGGUUGGGAUGCUCGGGCUGAAGUGGAAUGCCGAAGGGAAGAAUGGGUACGGAGGGACAGCCCCCGUCAACUUCAGCAAGACGUUCCGCACAGUUCCUGUCGUCUCCGCCGCCCUGUACAGGCUCUACCAUACCGGCUAUCAACCAGUGGGAAUCGUCGUGGGGACCGACAAGAUCACCGAGAAGGGGUUCCUUCUGAAGAUACACGGCUGGGACCAGACCAAGCUGUACAGUGCAGGGGUGCAGUGGAUGGCAUGCGGCUAG